CCUGGAGAGAGAGAGAGAGAGACUCUCAGCCUGCUGUUCCCCUGAUGAUGAUGAUGAUGGACCCGCUCUCCCGCGUGCUCCUCCUGUGCCUCUCCGUGCUCCUGCCCGCUCUCCCCGGUGCGCGCGCCUUCCUGCUGCCGGACAUCAGCGAGCCGGACUUCAUCCGCCGGUGCGUGAUGGCGCACAACACGCAGCGCUCGCGCGUCCAGCCGCCCGCCGCCAACAUGCGCUCCAUGUCCUGGGACGCUUCGUUGGCGAGAGGUGCUCGGUCCUGGGCGAGACAUUGCAAGGCAUCCCAUAAUCCCGUGCUGAAGCAGGAGAGCCUGGCCCACCCGGCGUUCCGGCACGUGGGAGAGAACAUCUGGCUCGGCGCUCCUUACUCAGCCUUCAAGAUCGAGUCAGCAAUCAACAGCUGGAACAGAGAGGGCGCUGAUUACACAAUAGGGAACAACAGCUGUGCCAAAGUGUGUGGACAUUAUACACAGCUGAUGUGGGCGACGAGUUAUAAAGUCGGCUGUGCCGUCCACGUCUGUUCCAGAGGGAUCGAAGACUUCUCCAAUAAUCCCCAGUCGACUAUUUUUGUGUGUAACUACGGAGACGCAGGGAACGUGUUCGGGGUCACGCCGUACAUCGUGGGUCUGGCCUGCAGCAGGUGCGGCGUGGAGAAAUGCAGAGACAAGCUUUGCACUGAUCCAAAGCGAGACCAGGAUAAAAAAUAUGACUGGAUCCCGGGGUGGGACCUGGGCCCCAGCGGGUCGGCUCAGGCCGUCUCUGAUUGGCCGAACGGCUCUAACCUGCGGCUCCUGACUGGAUCCUUCUGGCUCCUUUACUUUUAUACAACACACUGAAAUCACUCAAUAAACUGCAUCCCAUAAUAUUAUUAUUAUUAUUAUUAUUAUUAUUAUUUGGAACAGGGAGCUGAUGUGGUGUGAAUCCCUGCUGUGGCGGACUGGUGCUACCCUGCAUCAUAUUCUCAUAAACUCUCACCUCAUUAUGUUAUUCUUAUAAAUUCUUAUUCUUUUCACCUUUCAUAUGAACACGUUUAAGAGAA